CUCUAAUAAGUAAAAAUUCUCGUAUAUUAUUGUACAUACUUUCUAGUCAAAGAUAAAAUUUAAAUUUCAUUUGACAAGAACUUUAUAUUCCUAUCAUAUUUAGACUAUUACAGCGCUGGUUAAAACACUGAGAUCUUGAGAUAGUAAUAAAAUUGAAUCACCUUCUGUUUUGCUGUCUGCGAGUCGGAAGGAGCUGACUUCGGCUUGACUUCGGGCCUUCGGCUAUCCUGGUGCGUAGGGGACUAGGGGACAAGCAUAAACAGUGAUAAACUGCAAAUUUAACUACCGAUUUUACAUCUUUUAAUUUUUCUGUUCGAACUGCUCAGAUCGUGCAUGACAGUAUGCGAGCAUUGUUCUACCGCUUUCUUGAUCGAUGGCCAGGGAAAGAACGAUUUGGUUACUAUCGUUUCCUGCCACUGUUCUUCGCAUGUGGAGCGGCUAUUGAGUUUAUUAUGAUCCAUUUGACUAUCGGAGAAACUAAUUUUUAUGAUGUAUAUAAGCGUAAGCAUCCGGAGCGAUUGAUUCCUGUGAAGGCUGCCCACGACAGUUCAUUUCCCAUAUUGUCUCCCGACAGUCCGGAGCUGCCCAGUUUUCUUAGCUCUUAUCAAAAAAUCCUGGAGCAACGGCAGUCAACUUCUCAGACUUCGUCGGCAGUAUCGACACAAGUUUGACCGGGGCUCCUGUAAUUGUGUAAACGUCGUGGAUCCAAAUUCGAAAUGAUCAGUCGGGAGUACAUCAAAUUCGCCUUUGCGUCUGGUCUGUCUGCUCUGGCCGGCGCGCAGUUUGUUCACUGGAUGUUUCAGCCUUUGAAGGUUAGCGCGGCAUCUGAAACACCAGCUGUUACUGCUCCCUUACCAUCCCCUGCUCAACAACCUCCCCCUCUGCUGAAUCAAAAAACGUAGUUAAAAACUAAAUGUGUUACCGAAAAUUGCUUGAGCGCAUAGAUGCGAGCACAUAAUUAUGCAAGUUGCAGCUUGGUUUACGAUGUUUUUUCGGUGCGAUGCUGUGGUGAAUUUUUAACGGCUUUGUUGCUUUUGCACCCGUCCUGACAUGUUGAUGAAAUAAUAAUUAAAUUCAGUAUAAUUAUCUAUCUUGUGUUGUAGACUCGGUAAUACGUGAUAGAUGGUGGCUUUUGGUUUUCAAGGCUUUUGGUACCUGUAUUUAUUAUGGAACCAUAU